AUGCCAACUGAAUUAGAAGAGCUCGUGGGAUUCUUGCAUUCCCCUCAGCCAGCUGUUGUACAGAUUGCUCUUGACAAUCUUGUGGGAUACUCUACGGGUCCUACGCAACAAAUUUUCCGCUAUGAUAACUACGAAGCUAUCAAAGAUCUUAAAAGGCUAAGCAAGUCUGAUAGUAAGACAACUGUGGCUCAAUCAGUUACUAUUUUAGCAAAUUUAUGUGAAGAUAUUGCCAUGAGGAACCUUAUUGUUGAGAAUUUAGAGUUUUUGAAGUUUUUAGUUUCGAGGAUUAUAAGGAUCAAAAACACAAAUGCCGACAUAAUGUGUAUACUUUUGACCAACUUGGCAAAGAAUGACUUGAUCAAUAAAAUAUUGGAAUUUGAAGUUGAUUUCACCGACGAAGAAGAGAAGAAAGUUUUUUCAUCAUCCAAAGCACUUGAUUGUCUUAUGGAUUGUUUUGUUAAAGGAUAUGACCGAAAGUUGAACCCAUAUGCAAAUUACGACUACCUUGCAUAUUUUUUUGCUGAUCUUUCACGUUUCCAACAAGGUAGAGAAUACUUUAUCACCGAGCAAGUAUACGAUAGUGUUGUCCCAAUUUCAAAAUUACUCGUGUUCACUGAAAAAUACGAUGACAAGAUUAGAAGAGAGGGUGUUGCGUCUACCAUUAAGAACUCAUUGUUCGACACUAAUGCACACAUGAAGCUACUCACGGAUCCAAAGAUCAACAUUUUACCAUUUUUGCUCUUACCUUUGGCAGGUCCAGAAGAAAUUGAUGAGGAUGAAAUGUUUGACUUACCCGAUGAAUUACAAUUGUUGCCACCUGACAAAAAGAGAGAGCCAUUAGCUGGUAUCCAAUGCAUCCAUUUAGAGUCAAUUUUAUUGCUAUGUACCACCAGAUCAGCAAGAGAGUAUUUGCGUGAAAAACAAGUAUAUGCCAUAAUUAGAGAGUUGCACAAGGCAACCACCUCAGAUAAAGUUGCAGACUUGUGUGAUAGAGUAGUGCAAAUGUUGAAGAGAGAUGAGGCGCCUGAAACUGCAGAAAUUGAAGAACUAGAAAGUGAUGAAGAUGAUGACAAAAUAGUUGAGAUUCUAUAA